AUGGAGCCGUCAAGCAUCCCAGAGGCCACUACCUUUGGUGAAUAUGAUUUUGGUAGUGCUCUGUGUGAGCAUGAACACUACAUUUAUGCCACAUCUACUGUCACCAUCCUGUAUAGCCUGGUGUGCCUCCUCAGCCUGGUGGGCAACAGCCUGGUGUUGUGGAUCCUGGUGAAGUAUGAGAGCCUGGAGUCCCUCACCAACAUCUUCAUCCUCAAUCUGUGCCUCUCAGACCUGUUGUUCUCCUUCAUAUUGCCCUUUUUGAUCCUGGAUUACUACGAGGGCAACAAUCUAGUGCUGGGUGACUUCACCUGCAAACUCAUCAGCCUGAUCUUCUCCAUCAGCCUCUACAGCAGCAUCUUCUUCAUGACCAUCAUGACGGUUCACCGUUAUGAGUCUAUUGUGAACCCCCUCUCCUCCCUGCGCGUCCCCACCCUCAAAUUCCGCAUGGUAGUGACUGCAGUUGUGUGGAUAGCCAGCAUUGUAUCCUCCAUCCCUGAUGCCAUGUUUCACAAGGCACUUGAAAAAGGCUGUCAUUUUUCAGAAGACAUGUGGCUUAACUACUCAACCUUCCAGCACAAUAUCAUCUUCCUGUUCUCCCUGGCAUUUGUCCUCUUCUGCUACAUGGAGAUUCUCAAGAUCCUGCUCCGUUCACGGUCCAGACGACGCAACCGGACGGUCAGGCUCAUCUUCAUCAUCGUGGUAGCUUACUUCCUCAGCUGGGCUCCCUACAACAUGGUCAUGUUUAUACAGACACAAAAGCAUCUUGACAUCAUGAAAAACUGUGAUACUAAAAAGCAGAUAGACUACGCCUUGAUCAUUUGCCGCAGCAUCGCCUUCUCCCACUGCUGCUUCAACCCGGUGCUCUAUGUCUUUGUUGGAAUCAAGUUCCGCAGUCAUCUCAAAAGUCUGAUCAAGAAAUGCUGGCAGCAGGGGUCCAGUGUUCCCCAAACACCUCAUUCUCCAGGUACCUUCAACUUUGAGGGUGCCUCCUUCUACUGA